AAAUAUAAUUAUUACGACGUCAUAGUCUCUACGUAAUAGGCAAUAUCUCUUGUUUCCUGCUAAACCAUUUAGCUUGGUCGUCGAUGCCGUCGGUAUUUCCAAGGCUGGUUGCGAUACUAACUACUGACCGAAAGAUCAGCAUGGGUCAUCAACAAAUCUACUUUUAAACUUGUUUAGUGUUUUCUUCAAUUUCGAUUUGAAUGGAUUCAAUUCUGUGAUUUAGUAUUAAUUUUAAGUUUAGUCGUGCAACAUUUCAAAUGGGAGACAAUAAUAUUGUGUUUGGAUUUUUAGUUUUGGCGGUUGGAUUAUUAUCAUUUUCUUAUGGACAAAAUGAACCAUGCGUUAGUCCCAGAGAUGAAGAUGGUGAUUGUAAAAUAAUAACGAAAUGUCAAAGUUUAUUUGAUCUUUUACAAAAUAGGCCACUCAAGUCUGAAGAUGCCGAUUAUUUAAGACGAUCUCAAUGUGGGUUUGAUGGAGCUUUACCCAAAGUAUGUUGUCCACUUAGGGCUAGACCCGUUACUACCAGAAGGCCGGACAAAGAUACUUAUGCAACAGCUAGACCUGCAGACAGCCCUCUUUUACCAUCGACUGAAGAGUGUGGCAUUGGUAGUAUUCCGGAUAAGAUAUAUGGUGGAAAGAUGGCUGAAUUAGAUGAAUUCCCUUGGAUGGCUCUAAUCGAAUACGAAAGAGACAAUGGUAGACAUGGAUUCUAUUGUGGAGGAGUACUAAUAAGCAAACGAUAUAUUUUGACUGCCGCUCAUUGUGUGAAAGGGAAGGACUUGCCCAAAAAUUGGAAACUGGUAGGUGCACGAUUAGGAGAAUAUAACACAGAUACACCAACCGACUGCGUAACUAUAGGCAACAAGGAAAAAUGUGCUCCUGAUCCCAUCAAUAUAUUAGUAGAAGAAAAGAUCGCCCAUGAGCAAUAUAAUCCCUACGACACUAAUCAGUACCAUGAUAUUGCCCUUCUCAGAUUAUCUAGGAAUGUUUCAUACAGUGCUUUCGUUAGACCGAUUUGCAUACCAAAAACCUCAGUGGAUCAGUCACAAACAUACACAGGCAAAAAACUGACCGUAGCUGGAUGGGGAAAAACCGAAAGUAGAUCCGAGAGCCCCAUUAAAUUGAAAUUAGACGUUCCUGUUAGAGCGAACAGCGAGUGUUCAACCACCUACAGGCAAGCAGGAGUUGUAGUCAACAGUGGUCAGCUGUGCGCUGGUGGUGAAAAAGGUAAAGAUUCUUGCAGAGGAGACAGCGGAGGACCUCUUAUGGCUAUUAAUGUUGAUGAAACGUCUCAACUGAACUGGUUCGUGAUUGGUGUAGUAUCAUUUGGACCAUCGCCCUGCGGCAUGGAAAACUGGCCUGGAGUUUACACAAAAGUAGCUAAUUAUGUUCCGUGGAUAGUAUCAAAAAUGAGACCGUAAUUUUUUUUUUAAUUGUGCGUUUGAUAUUAGAACUUUUAUUACAUAAAAUUCUGGUAAAAAAUUAUUGGAACAAAGAUGAAAAAAUAUUAUUUUACUGGUUCUUUAAUUUUAUUAAUUUCAAUGAGAUAUAUUGGCAAAUAUAUGAAAUUAUUGUUCUUAUUUUUAUUCUAAUAAUUAGACAGCUAAAUUGUAUGUAUAUUUUUCCAAAACAUCUAUUCGUAGGUAUAUGUUGUUUUAUUAAGUU